AUGAACGAUAUAAGAUUGACGCCUUUGCAGCAUGUAACCAAAGAUAGUCUCAGGUUCCGGUCACUUUCAGUGGCAGGUCUAGUCAUCAGUACUUUGAAAUUUUGUUGUGUUUCACUUAAUUUUGUUGUGUUUUAGUUUUCUUCGGUGUAUCGGGAUAUUUCGUUGUGUUCUGAAAAAGAUUAUUGUGUGUCAAAAGAUCUCGUUGUGUUCUGGAAAAGAUUGUUGUGUUUCAAAAGAGAAAUUGUGUUGUGCUUUGUCCCUAUGGGCCACCGUAGUAAAACUGACCAAAGUCCUCAUUUCAUUAAAAAGAAGUGGGCUCUGGUGAAAAAAAAUCAACUCUAUUAAUGAUAAAAUCAGUCAUAUGCUUUGGGGUUUUUCAUACUAAAGUGUUUGAUUUAAUUUAACAGACAUAAACUAGUGUGUCGAAGGUAUAUACAACUGUAGUGCUCAUGCCGUGGGCAAGAUAACUAAGGGAUCGUACAACUGUCUGUGUAAACCAGGAUACUAAAAAUAUGGAAAUGCCUGCAGUAUGGGUAGUAUUUUUUUGUUUUUGUUCAAAUGCUACUGUUCAGACAAGGAGAACAAAUACAAGCCUUUCGUUUAUGCAUAUCGAUGAAGAACGAUAACAAUGAAGACAUCAUAUAAUAACGAUAAUGAUAACACAAAUGAUGAUAAUAACGAUGAUAAUUAUGAUAAUGAUAAAAGUAAUACCCACUAGAAUAAAAGAGGUUCAGUCGGCUCCCAAAUCGUUCCGUAAUUCAAAAUUAUUUUAGUCUAUUUAAAUUGAGAGGACUGGUCAUAUAACAUUCCGCGUACGUCACAUGAACAAACGAACUUUUGCUUCGCAAAGUGGUUUUCCUAAUAUACACUCAGAAGAGACCAAGCUACCGUCCUACCGGAACACAUCCUUCUCUAAGAUCUGUCUCGGUAUCAAGACAGACGAACCGAUCGGGUUCACUGUCAGCAAUAAGAAAGCCAGUUCUCACUACUCACUGAUCGCUGACGAGAAAUUCCGCCAACUUCCUUAG